CGCAUUGAUCAAGAAAUUCUUAAAGUUCCUAUUUCCACUAUUGCCAUAGAACUAUAUACCUUAAUUGCGAACCGCAUUUACUACAUACAAUGAAACGAACUUCGAAUAAAAACAAAAAUAGCAACAGUUUGUUCAAUUAUUUCUCAAAGGUCAAACAAUCAACUGAUGAGAAAAAACUAUCCACAAUCAUCAACAAUACAAUCAGUAGUAGAGGUAAUACAAUCAGUAGUAGAGGUGUUAGUGCUCCUACUGCGCUACCGCAUUCGACGCCGAAAUUUGCUAGUGCGAGCAUGGCAAAUACCAGACGACUACCGGUGUCAGCUCCUAUUUCAACUACCACGAUCGAUCUGACGAGGGAUGACGAGGACGAUCCGAUUCUGAACUCUAAUAGCCCGGAUUCCUCAAAUACCUCCAUUAAGUAUACCGCUUAUAGUUCUGGACAAAGUAGUACAUCAAAAAAUAGUCAACAACAUGCAGAUAUUUAUUUCACUGAAUUGAAAAAUAAGUCCAAGUUCAACAGAAAAGCAUGGUCCUCUGAAGAUUAUAAGAAAGGACCAAUACGAUCCAGUCAGGACUCUUCCUUAUCUAGAAUAAAAAUCCCAGAGCAACGCUUUGAAAAAGUUCAGGUCAAACGACAACAUUCGACUGCUGAACCCACUUACAAUUGGAUUUCACAAGACGAUGUCGUACCCUAUAGCUCAAAUUAUGUCAACCCCAACAAAAAGGAUUUUUAUCCUGAUUACAGACAGCCACACAUUUCUGUUCAAUCCUCUGCUUUCAAAUUCGGUGAGCAGACUAUGAAAAGGCAGUUUAGCGAUUCCAACCUUUAUUCAUCAGAUCAUUAUUCUUCUUCUAACUUUCCAAGCAACAAAAAGAGCAACAAAGCAACACUAUCGUACAGCAAAGCAGCGAGCUUUUCCUCCGAGUACGAGUACAUUUCUAGCCAAGAGAGCAAUACUGAUAGUUUAUCCUCCAAGGCCAAUCAGAAAGCCUCAUAUCUUGAAAAACAAAAGAGUACGAUAGCGAUUUAUCAUUCUUCUUCUCCUUUGGGUUCUAUGACUAAUCACUAUUCAUCGUCUGCCGUUGAUAAUUCUUUCUUGAGUGAGGAUCAUAAGACGUUGUCAAUAGCGAUGACUCGCAACAGUUCGUUCAAAGAGAACAAGUCCUCCGCGCUAUCAUCAAACAGAACCUUGUCCAACCUUACAAGUGAUUUAAUGUCAUCUGCUUCCGCAAAUGUUCAAUUGAGACCGGCUCUGUCAGCGGAACAACAACGAGUGUUCGAUAUGGUUGUAAAAGAGAAAGAAAGCCUUUUCUUCACUGGCUCUGCUGGUACAGGAAAAUCAGUGCUAUUGAGAGCUAUUAUUGAUACUCUGAAGGGAAAAUAUGGAAGCAAGGUAGCUGUUACCGCAUCUACAGGCAUUGCUGCUUGUAAUAUUAAUGGCUGUACUUUGCAUAGGUAUGUGAUUAAAUAUGAUUCAUCGUUUACUUUCGAAUUAAACCAUGUUCUCUUCAUCAUCAGCUUUGCUGGUAUCGGCAUAGGUAAAGAAAAGGCUGAAAUUUUGGCGCAAAAAAUUCUGUUUAAUAAGGCUGCAAAAGACAGAUGGUGGGAAACAAAAAUUCUGAUCAUUGACGAAAGUAAGUCGUUAUAGAAUGAAGAAAACAACGAAGAAUGGUAUUUGUAUGAUGUUAAACGGGAGUUGUUUUCUUGAAAAAGUAUCAAUGGUAGAUGCUGAACUG